AUGGCAUCCAUCACGACGGUGGCUGCUGCUGCUGUGGGCGCCGCACUGCCGUCGAACAACCACGAACAGGACGAUGAGGAUCGGGCGGUAACCAUGUUCCGCAUUAAAAAACUGCUCAAAGGCUUGGAGGCAGCACGUGGUAACGGCACGUCCAUGAUUUCGUUACUGAUUCCACCGGGCGACCAAGUUGCAAAGGUUGGAAAACUUCUCGCAGACGAAGCGGGAACAGCCUCCAACAUCAAGUCCCGUGUCAACCGACUUUCCGUGUUGUCUGCUAUCACAUCUACGCAACAGCGCCUUAAGCUCUACAACAAAGUUCCACCGAACGGUCUAGCAAUCUACUGUGGGACUGUUCUAACGGACAAGGGCGAGAAACAAGUGACCAUCGACUUCGAGCCACACAAGCCGAUCAACACGUCGUUGUAUUAUUGCGACUCGCGGUUCCACGUAGAACCACUGAUGAAUCUGCUUGAAGAUGAUGAAAAGUUCGGGUUCAUCAUUAUCGACGGGAAUGGGGCGCUUUUCGCUGUACUUUCGGGGAACACGCGCGAGAUUCUGCAUCGUUUCACGGUCGAUUUGCCGAAGAAGCAUGGUCGAGGUGGUCAGUCCGCGCUCCGUUUUGCGCGUCUCCGCAUGGAAAAACGGCAUAACUAUCUACGACGUGUUGGCGAAGAUGCGGUGCGGCUCUUUAUUCCCGAUGGCGACAAAGUUAAUGUGAGCGGCAUCGUGCUGGCUGGUUCCGCGGACUUUAAGAAUGAGCUCGCACGCAGCGACCUGUUCGACCCCCGUCUACAGGCCAAAGUGAUCGCGGUCGUAGAUAUCAGCUAUGGCGGUGAGGUUGGUCUCAAUCAAGCGAUUGAACUGGCUGCUGACAGUCUGUCAAACGUGAAAUAUGUACGUGAGAAGCGGCUUUUGAAGGAAUUUUAUGACCAGAUCGCACUGGAUACUGGAAAAUAUUGCUACGGGGUCGACGAUACCAUGAAGGCGCUGGAAAUGGGCGCAGUGGAGAAAUUAAUUGUCUGGGAGAACCUCGAGUAUGAGCGUGUUGUCUUGAUGAACCCGCAGUCGGGCGAAGAGACUGUGCGGAUCGUUCAGAAGGAGAAGCUGGAUCAGUUGGCGAGUGAUACGGCCAAGGACGGCGGACCAGACAUGGAAAUCAAAGAGUCAGAGUCCCUGGUGGACUGGCUCGCGCAAAACUACAAGCGAUUUGGAGCACAUCUGGACUUGGUGACAGAUCGAACCGCAGAGGGCAGUCAGUUCGUGAAAGGUUUUGGUGGCAUUGGAGGUAUUCUGCGAUACCAAAUCGAUAUCGCAUCACUAGACCAGGAAGAAGAUGAUGAAUCUGAUUUGGAUGAAGAUGACUGGGCGCUGUAA